UCCAUGGCGACGGGACGCGGCCGACUCCUGCUGCAGCACUGGCGCGGCCUCCUGGCGCUGCAUUGGCCGCCGGGCGGCGUCGGCGCGGCCCCGGGGCUGGCCGGGGAGGCCCCCGGGCCCGCGGGGUUCAGGAAGAGACCGGGCACCAGUUACGCAGGCACUGCCACCCUGAAGCAGUGCGCUAGGCGAGGAAGGCACUACAAGCAGCCCUCUGCUGACCAUCCUGCAUCUCUGGAAAGUAUGCCUUCAGAAAUCUUGCUGAAGAUCUUUUCCUACCUGGAUGCUGUGACCCUGCUGUGUACUGGAUGUGUGAAUAGGCGCUUUUACCACCUGGCCAAUGACAAUUUUAUUUGGAUCAGAAUCUAUUCAACUGCCUUUUCACCUAAAAUAUCUAAUUGGCAAGUUAAUUCAGCAGAGAAGACCACUGUAUCUAUGAACUUACUGUCGGUUGAGGAUAAAGAAGCUGGAUAUUGGAAGAAAGAAUAUAUUGCAAAGCAAAGAGCAUCUGUAAAAGCAGCGCUAGCGCGGGUUCUCAAACCUGUCAACCCUUACACAGGCCUUCCAGUUAAAACCAAAGAGGCCCUCAGAAUAUCUGGUUUAGGUUGGGUGAUUAUAUUGAAAGAAAAAAAUGGAAAAGAAUACAUCAUGCAGCACAUUGACCUUUUGAUAAAUGAUUCAUCAGUGACAAUUAUAUGGUAUGGCAGAAACUGGCCACAGCUAGCCACAUUGUCAACCCUAGAUUUGUGUGGUGUGACGCCAGUUUUUAGGGACCGGUCUAAACCCCCCUCCAAAAAUGGACCUCGGUGGCUUUCUUUAAUUGCAAAGUACAAUCUGAGUAAUUUAACUGAAUCCACCAUGAUUGGCUGGGACAGACUCAUUCGGAUCUUCUGUCUACACCCAGGCCUCCUGGUGGGGCUGUGGAAGAGGGAGGAAGAACUGGCUUUUGUUAUGGCAAAUCUUCAUUUCCAUCACCUUGUGGAGAAGAGCACAUUAGGCUCAGCCACUGUCCCCUACGAGCUACCUCCUCAUACUCCUCUUUUGGAUGACAACCCGGAGUAUGGACUACAUGGCUACCAGCUGCAUGUUGAUAUGCACAGCGGUGGAGUUUUCUACCUGUGUGGUACAUUUCGCAAUCUCUUUACCAAGAAAGGAUCCAUUGAAAAUGGAUAUGUGAAGCUUGUUGUUAUACGUUUUAAAAAUAACACAGAACACCUACCUCUUAUUGGAAAAGUUGGCCUUUCUUGGAGAACUGAUGUUUUCAGUGGCUGCAUAAAGAGUUGUUCUAUAAUGGACAUAACUCUUUUGGACGAAUAUGGGAAACCCUUUUGGUGUCUCAGUUCCCCUGUUUGCAUGAGAUCUUCUGUGCCCUCUGAUGGCCCUAACUUCUUGGGACAGACUUACUGUGUUGACUAUGUGGACUCGGAAGGCAAAGUGCACGUGGAGCUGGUGUGGAUCAAAGAGACAGAAGAAUACUUCAUCGUGAGCCUGGUCCUUUACCUGAAGAUAGCAAAAAUAAACCACUGGUUUGGGACAGCAUACUAAGUAUUGCCUGGGGGUGGCAAAAUAUUGCUGCUGUUUGUUUAUUUUGAACUAACUGGUUUUGUUCUUGGUGUUGGAAAUUGAAAUAAAGCAGUUAUCUGUUUGA